AUGCAGAUCGGCGACACCGCCUUUGGACAACUUGCGCGUGCGUUGAGCCGGGGCAGGUUCUUUCCGCACCCCGAGACCGUCUCUGGCCAUCCUCUCGACCACGAUGCCCCCCUAGAGCAAGGGGGUUCCAACACACCUGACAAAGAAAGUCCAUCGGCCACAGGUUCCAACGAACAUGUUGUCUCGCUCGAGCAUGGCGGAUCCAGCACGCCUGACUGGCUCCAUUGGGCUGGAGUCUGGGGCUCGCGUUCAGACAUCACCCCUUCCACCUCGGCCUCCGAUGUUCACGGUUCUCGCAAGAGCACCUCGGACGAUAACCCCGACUCUGACAACCGGGUGGGCUGGUACGGCGAAGCGGAUCCCGCCAAUCCGCAGAACUGGCGGUCUUCGCAAAAAGCCUUCGUGGCCGGCAUCAUCUGCAUAUACACCUUUGGGGUCUAUCUCGGUUCGGCGAUCUACACUCCAUCGAUGUACGGCGUGAUGCAGCAGUUCAACGUGUCGUACGCGGCUGCCAACCUUGGACUAGCCCUGUUUGUGUUCGGCUACGGUGCGGGUGCAAUGAUCUUUUCGCCGCUCUCCGAGAUUCCCUCUUUAGGACGCAACUGGAUCUACAUCAUCACUUUCACCAUCUAUCUGGCGCUCACGAUCGGCACUGCUGCCGCGCCCAACUUUGGCUCGCUCAUCACGCUGAGGUUCCUCGCUGGAUUCUUCGGAUCGCCUGCGUUGGCGACAGGAGGCGCGACGCUUCAAGACAUGUACAGCAUCGUCAAGCUUCCGUACGGCAUUGCGCUCUGGGUGGCUGCCGCGGGCAUGGGACCAGCAUUCGGACCGAUCACAGGCUUUGCCAUGGAGGCCAAGACGUGGCGCUGGCCUCUUUGGAUCCAGGUGUGGCUGUGCGCUCCUGUGCUCAUCCUCAUGUUCUUUGCCAUGCCCGAGACCAGCGCUCAGAACAUCCUUUACCGUCGUGCCAAGAGGCUCCGCGCCGCGACGCAGUGGAAGGAGCUACGCUCUCAUGCCGAGGUCGAGCAGCAGACGCUCUCGCUGCGAAAGAUCGUGGUCGAGUCGCUUGUACGGCCGAUCCAGAUCUCGAUUCUGGAUCCAGGCACGGGAUUCAUGAACAUCUAUGUUUCUCUGGUGUAUGCCAUAUACUACUCAUUCUUCGAAUCCUUUCCGCUGGUGUACCCGCCACUGUACGGCUUCGGCUUGGGAGCCAUCGGGCUCACCUUCCUUAGUGUAGUGGUGACCACCGGCCUAGGAGCGGGGGCCUACACGAUCUACGUUUAUUACUACGUCGAGGCCAAGAUUCGUCGCACGGGUGAGCUGCCCUCGCUCGAAUCGCGCCUGAUCCCUGCGAUCCCUGCGAGCGUGCUCAUGCCCAUCGGCCUGUUCCUCUUCGCGUGGACUUCGCGCGAAUCGAUACACUGGAUGGUGGGCCUGAUCGGCGUGGCCAUCUACGGCCUAGCGUUCUACGUGUUGGUGCAGUGCGUGCUGCUGUACGUCAACAUCAUGUACCCCAAGUACUCGGCUUCGUUGCUGGCCGCCAACGACUUUUGCCGUUCGUCGUUGGCAACUGCCUUCAUCAUGGCCGGACGUCCUCUCUUCACGCAUCUCGGCAUUGGCGGUGGAGUGUCGCUCAUUGCCGGACUCGCGUGUGUCUGCGUGCCGCUGCUUCUGCUCCUGUAUCGAUUCGGUCCUUACCUUAGGAGCAAGUCCAAGUUCGCAGGCAUGUCCGAUAGUUCCAUCCCUGUCGCUUCCAAGGCAUAG